CGGGGCUGGAUGAUGACAAGAUGAGAUACUUCUUCAAAAUAAAAAACAACAGAAAGCUUUUGCUCUUUCUCUUGCCGUCAGUACUCUUUUUCAUAUACCUUUCAUCCUACAUAGGAGUGGGGUCAAUUAAGGAGGGAGAAAACUUUGAGUUUGAGCCUGAGGACAUAGUAGCCCAGGAGAUUGUCAUCCUACCACCUGAAAACAAGAAUGAGAAUGACCCCCCAAUUUUGAUAUGGUGGACCCCGUUUACUCCAAACAAGAGGAUCCUACGGUCCUGCUCAGCCGGGCAAUGUCUAAUUACGCAUAGCAGAGCAGAAAUAGAUAAUCCAAGGACAGAGGCUGUCAUAUUCUAUGGCUCAAGCUUAAAGUGGACCGACCUUCCCUUGCCAAGGAGAACUGAGGUUUAUUGGGCAUUGCUACAUGAAGAAUCCCCAAAGAAUAACUGGGGACUGACCAGCCCUGAGGGCAUAUCAUUAUUUAAUCUCACGUCUACUCCUAGUCGUAAUUCAUCCUAUCCACUUGUCACUCAGUACCUAAAAGGUCUCAAGAAUCUUCUCCGUCCACUAAAGACCCCGAUCGAAGAAAAGAGUACAGGCGAUAAAGGUCUUGUGAUGUACCUGCAGCUUGAUUGUGAUCCUCCAUCAGAUAGAGACUCGUAUGUUAAGGAACUAAUGAAAUACAUUAAAAUAGACUCGUAUGGUCAGUGCCUGCAUAAUAAGGACCUGCCCAAAGGACUCAGAGAUCCUGCGACUGGAGCAGACUCUGAGGAGCUGCUCAAUAUCAUAUCGCAAUACAAAUUUGCAAUAGCCAUAGAGAAUGCAAUAUGCAAUGAUUACAUCACCGAGAAGUUUUGGAGACCAUUUUAUGCCGGGACAGUACCCAUUGUGAAGGGCUCGCCAACAAUUAGAGACUGGGCACCAAGCAAUCACUCUAUGAUACUAAUAGAUGACUAUCCAUCACCUAAAGAACUGGCUCAUUACUUGCACUACCUGAAUGAGAAUGACAACAAGUAUGCAGAGUAUCUGGAAUACAAACAAGCAGGGAUUGGAAAUGUAAAACUCAUUGAUGCAGUAGAGAAGAGGGAAUGGCAGAUUAAUGACUACACAUCAGGCUCCAUCACUCACAUUGAUAGCUUUGAAUGUUUUGUAUGCAACAAAGCAAUAGAGAAGAGAAAGGGGCUAGAAAGACAGCCACUUGUAGCUAACAGCAGUCAUUAUAACUGCCAAUAUCCCCAGCCCCUAGUUAAAAGAGCAAAGACUGAUGCUUGGUGGAAAGACAUGUUACUGGUAUGGAGACAAGCAAUGAGUACAGAAAGGAAGCGAAUGGUAGCCAUUACUAAAGCUAUAAAAGAAGGGAAAGGACAGUCAGAAGUUGAGAGUGCAUAUAAUAGUGUGAAAUUACCUGAUGAUGUAAAAUAUAGUGAUGAUUUAUUUCAAUGAUACUAUUCUUUUUGUAGAUCAAUAGCAUUUAGGUCAUCAGUAAAUUUAUCAAAACAUUAUGAAUAUAUAUUGUGUCACAACUUUAUAUUUAAGUUUGAUAGUUUUAACUAAAGUUAAAUUUUACUAAA